AUGGCGGCGCUAUCGCUGUCGUUGUCUCUGUCGCUGCUGUCGCUGUGCCGGGCCGGGCCCGCGCCCGCCGCCCGCGUGGAGGUGUCGGUGUCGGUGCCGGUGCCGGGCGCGGGCGGCGCGGCGGGGCCCGGGCGCUCCUACUCUCUGCGCGGGGCCGUGCUGGGCCGGGCGGCGCCGCGGGAGCGCGACGGGGCGGAGAUCCGCGGCCGCCUACUGCUCGUGGGAGACACAGAGCCCGAGGUGGACGCUGCCGAAAGCUGGAUUGGCGUGGUGCCCGUGGGCGAGGAGCCAGCCAAGGGCCCGCGUGGUGCCAAGGAGGAGUCCUUCACCGCCGCCGUUGUCAGCAAGAUGAAGCGAGCCCUGGUGCUGGGAGCCUCAGCCCUGCUCAUUCUGGCACUGAACCAGAACGCCAUCCGGGAGCUGGAUGUUUCCCAGCUUCUUGCCAAGCCUGUGAUCGUGAUCCAGUCCUCAGACAACGUCACCAAGCUGCUGGGAGCGCUGCUGCGUGGGCUCCAGGCGACAGCAAAGAUCACAUACCAGGCAGUGCUGCUGGAGAACCUGGGAGUGACCCUCACACUGUGGUCGACCUGCGGCCUCUCCCGUGGCGGCCUCUACGGGGAGUGGCAGGGGGUGAUCUGCACAGGGGAGAACAGCUCCCAGGUCCAGAAGUACCUCCAGCAGCUGUGGAACGCCAUCCUGCUCAUCGCCCUGCUCCUCUGCACUGGGCUGAUGGUGCAGGCCCAGCGGCAGUCGCGGCAAGACCCGUCGGAGCAGGAUGCCGAGCUAGACCUGAAGCAGCACAUUCGGCAGAGGCUAUCAGCACUAAAAACCCGGCGGUACCAUCCCGGCAAACCGCUCCGCAGCCGGGCCUGCGAGAUCGACAGCUGUGCCGUCUGCUUGGACCAGUUCCACAAGAGCCAGUGGCUGCGGGUGCUGCCCUGCUCCCACGAGUUCCACCGGGACUGCGUGGAUCCCUGGCUCCUCCUGCAGCAGACAUGCCCGCUCUGCAAGCGCAACGUCCUGGGAAACUGCUGCACGGAGAGCUAACCGGCCCGAUGGACGGACAGACUCCAGGGACAGACCCAUCGCCACUCCGGGGAGAGGGAAGGGGGCAGAGGGUGCUGGGUGAGCAGCGCUUGCUGCCGGAAGGGGGUUGGUGCUGCUGUGCCCACCACAGCGCCCGGCCCUCCGGAG